CGUGGAUUGAAUGACAAAAACAACUUGACAUCAAAUUUAAGAUAAAAAUGUAUUUUAAAUAAAAUUUUAAUUAUAUUUUAAUCCAAACACUGAUUACGAGAUUUGGUUUGUGUUUAGCAUUUGUUUAUUGCAUUAGUGUUUGUGUUUCGCAUACAAUCAGUCGCCUAUACAUUGGAUCCAUUAGACGGUCAAUGCAGAGUACUAAAUGUCACGUCCGGGACAUCGAGACCGCGAACGAGACAAAUAUGAACCGCCAAACCCUCGCCGCACCCACUCUAUCAUGUCUCCGGAGGACGUCCAGAACGGCAAGAAGUCCUAUUGGCCGGAGCUGGAGAUCACGGGGUCCAUCCGGAACCUGAGUCCGUCGUUGUGGGCGAUGACACACCUGACGUCACUGUAUCUGAACGAGAACAGCCUCAGUCGGAUCCCCGCAGACAUCGCACGCCUCACAUCACUCAUG